GCGGGCGGCGGGGGUCGCGGCGGCGGCGUGGGCGCUGGCGGGCCGCGGGCGGCGGGGCCCCGUCUCGGGCUCCGGGCCGUAGCAGACAAGAUGGCGGCGGCGCUCCGGAGGCCGGUCCCCUCCUCUUCUCCGCCGUCCCCCGCCUCCUCCUCCUGCUCCUCCGCCUCCGCCUCCGCCUCCUGCCGCAGCCCUAGCGACCGCCGGAGCGCCGGCCCGCUCUCCCCGGGCUGCGGAGGGGGCUAGAGCCGGGGCCGGGCCCACGCUGGGGCCGGGCCGGGGAGGGCGGCGGCGGCGGCGGCGGCGGCGACGGCGGCGGCGGCGGCGGCGGCGCCGGGUGGGGAUGGGGUCGCAGACGCUGCAGAUCCUCCGGCAGGGGGUGUGGGCCGCGCUCAGCGGGGGCUGGUACUACGACCCGCACCAGGCCACCUUCGUGAACGCGCUGCACCUCUACCUGUGGCUCUUUCUGCUCGGCCUGCCCUUCACCCUCUACAUGGCCCUUCCUUCCUCCAUGAUUAUAGUAGCAGUUUAUUGUCCUGUGAUAGCGGCUGUUUUCAUUGUUCUGAAGAUGGUUAACUACAGACUCCACAGAGCACUUGAUGCUGGAGAAGUUGUAGAUAGGAACCCAAAUACAGACCAGCGAGCCAAAGCCGAGCAAGGCAACUGCUCAACUAGAAGAAAAGACAGCAAUGGUCCAAGUGAUCCCGGUGGAGGGAUUGAAAUGUCUGAGUUCAUUCGAGAGGCCACACCCCCAGUUGGUUGCAGUUCAAGAAAUUCUUACGCUGGCUUAGAUCCUAGCAACCAGAUUGGGUCUGGUUCCUCUCGUCUUGGGACAGCAGCAACUGUUAAAGGAGAUACAGAUACUGCUAAGACUUCUGAUGAUAUCAGUUUGAGUCUGGGCCAGAGCUCUAGUCUUUGUAAGGAAGGAAGUGAGGAACAAGAUUUGGCCACUGACCGGAAACUCUUCCGAUUGGUCUCCAAUGAUUCCUUCAUCUCCAUCCAGCCUUCCUUGUCCUCCUGUGGACAGGACUUACCAAGAGACAUUAGUGACAAAGUGAGCCUGCCAAAUCAUAGUCACCACCACCACGUUGAUCAGUCUCUGUCCAGUGCCUGUGACACAGAAGUGGCUUCCCUUGUCCCUUUACAUUCACACUCUUACAGGAAAGAUCACCGGCCACGGGGUGUGCCACGGACUUCUAGCUCUGCUGUUGCUUUUCCGGACACGUCACUGAAUGACUUCCCUUUGUAUCAGCAAAGACGUGGGUUAGACCCAGUGAGUGAGUUAGAAUCUUCCAAGCCUCAUUCUGGAUCCAAAGAAUCCUUGGCGGAAAACUCUCGUGUAUCUGGAGAGCCAAAAACCAGUAGUUUUCAGCCACCUCCGAGAAGUGGCAAGAGCAAAGCACUGAAGGCUGACAAAAGCUUGGACAGUCUGAGGAGCCUGAGCACCCGGAGCAGCGGGUCCACAGAGAGCUACUGCAGUGGCACCGACCGAGACACUCACAGCACCGUCAGCAGCUAUAAAAGUGAACAGACCAGCUCGACCCACAUAGAGAGUAUCUUGUCAGAGCACGACGAGGACUCACCAAAGGCAGGGAAGAAAAGCGGGAGGAGGAAGGAGUGUUGUGCUGACCCAGAGGACAAGAGUAGCUGCUCCAGCGACAAAAGGACUAGUAGUGAAAAGACCACCUUGGAAGUAAGUACCAAUAGUGGGGUUCAGGAGGCCAAGGAGUCUAAUACCUCAGACGAGAUGCAGAAUCAGAGGGGUCUCAGCACCUCUGCAUCUGAAGAAGCUAAUAAGAACCCCCAUGCCAAUGAAUUUACUUCCCAGGCAGACAGACCGCACGGGCAGGCUGCUGACAAUGAAGAGGAGCAGCCGGAGCAGCCAGCUGUUCCGGUGGAUCCAAAAGUCGGUAAAGACAAAGGUGGGAAGGAAGGGGAUGUUCGCCCCAAAUCAUCUAGCUUAAUCCACCGGAAGGCUUCUGCCCAUAAGUCGGGCAGGAGACGGACAGGGAAGAAACGGGCGAGCAGCUUUGAUUCUAGCCGGCAUAGAGACUACGUGUCCUUUCGAGGUGUCUCUGGCACCAAGCCCCACAGCGCGAUAUUCUGUCACGAUGAAGACUCCAGUGACCAAAGCGACUUGAGCCGAGCGUCCAGUGUGCAGUCUGCUCACCAGCUCAGCAGCGACAGCUCGUCGAGCACCACUUCCCAUUUGUGUCAGUCUCCCGAGGGCAGAUACAGCACCUUAAAGUCCAGGCACGCCUCUAAAGAAAGGGGCGCUGACUCUGAGCGCGCACACAAAGCUCACCUGGGUCCCGAGGCAACUGGCAAAAAGCGGACACCACGUCGGACUUCCAGCACAAAUAGUGCCAAGACACGGGCCCGAGUGUUGAGCCUGGACAGCGGCACUGUGGCCUGUUUGAAUGACUCCAAUAGGCUCAUGGCUCCCGAAAGUAGCAAACCCUUAACCACUUCAAAAUCAGAUCUCGAAGCCAAAGAAGGAGAGGUGCUAGAUGAGCUGUCUUUAUUGGGACGGGCUUCUCAGUUAGAGACUGUCACUCGGUCUAGGAAUAGCUUGCCAACCCAAGUUGCAUUUCCAGAAGGCGAAGAGCAAGAUGCAAUCAGUGGAGCAGCACAGGCCAGCGAGGAGGCGGUGUCAUUUCGCCGUGAACGCAGCACAUUUAGGCGCCAGGCAGUGCGGCGCCGGCACAAUGCAGGGAGUAACCCUACCCCUCCUACAUUGCUCAUCGGAUCACCCCUAAGCCUUCAAGAUGGUCCACAAGGCCAGCAGUCCACAGCCCAGGUCAAAGUGCAGUCCCGCCCCCCUUCCCAGGCUGCAGUGCUCAGUGCUAGUGCCUCCUUGCUGGUGAGAAAUGGGAGUGUCCACUUAGAAGCGUCACAUGACAGUGCAUCUGCUGUAGGCGGCAGCAGUUUGCAAGAUGAACUUGGUAAGUUCUCUUCUACACUUUAUGAGACUGGUGGCUGUGAUAUGUCACUUGUGAAUUUUGAACCAGCAGCAAGAAGAGCAUCUAAUAUCUGUGAUACGGAUUCUCAUGUAUCCAGUUCUACCUCAGUUCGAUUUUAUCCACAUGAUGUGCUCUCUCUUCCUCAGAUUCGAUUGAACAGACUGUUGACCAUAGAUACAGAUUUGUUGGAGCAACAAGACAUUGAUCUAAGUCCUGACUUGGCGGCUACUUACGGCCCAACAGAAGAAGCCGCCCAAAAGGUCAAACACUAUUACCGCUUUUGGAUCCUGCCGCAGCUCUGGAUCGGCGUUAACUUUGACAGACUCACACUUUUAGCUCUGUUUGAUAGAAAUCGUGAGAUCCUGGAAAAUAUAUUAGCUGUCAUCUUGGCUAUUCUUGUGGCAUUUUUGGGAUCGGUUCUUCUCAUACAAGGCUUCUUCCGAGACAUCUGGGUGUUCCAGUUUUGCCUGGUGAUAGCCAGCUGUCAGUACUCACUGCUUAAGAGUGUUCAACCAGACUCCUCUUCUCCUAGACAUGGUCAUAAUCGGAUCAUUGCCUACAGCAGACCAGUUUACUUCUGUAUAUGUUGUGGUCUUAUUUGGCUCUUGGAUUAUGGGAGCAGAAACCUUACCACAACCAAGUUCAAACUCUAUGGAAUAACGUUCACCAAUCCGCUGGUGCUUAUUUCAGCCAGGGAUUUAGUUAUAGUGUUCACACUUUGUUUCCCAGUAGUGUUUUUCAUUGGUCUCCUGCCUCAGGUGAAUACAUUUGUAAUGUACCUUUGUGAGCAACUGGAUAUUCAUAUCUUUGGUGGUAAUGCCACGACUAGCCUGCUUGCGGCACUUUACAGUUUCAUCUGCAGCAUUGUGGCAGUCGCCUUACUGUAUGGACUGUGUUAUGGCGCUCUGAAGGACUCUUGGGAUGGCCAGCAUAUUCCAGUACUUUUCUCUGUGUUUUGCGGCUUGUUGGUAGCAGUAUCCUAUCAUCUCAGCAGACAAAGCAGUGACCCAUCUGUACUUUUCUCUUUGGUGCAAUCCAAGAUUUUUCCAGAAACAGAAGACAAGAAUCCAGAAGACCCUCUGUCUGAAGUAAAAGAUCCACUGCCCGAAAAGCUUCGAAAUUCUGUUAGCGAGCGUUUGCAGUCUGACCUGGUCGUGUGCAUCGUCAUCGGCGUGCUCUACUUCGCUAUUCAUGUCAGCACGGUGUUCACAGUACUGCAGCCCGCUCUCAGGUAUGUGCUGUACGCCCUGGUGGGCUCCGUGGGCUUCAUGACCCACUACGUGCUGCCUCAGGUCAGAAAGCAGCUCCCGUGGCACUGCUUCUCCCACCCCCUGCUGAAGACGCUCGAGUAUAACCAGUAUGAAGUCCGAAAUGCAGCCACUAUGAUGUGGUUUGAGAAGCUUCAUGUGUGGCUUCUGUUUUUGGAGAAGAAUGUCAUCUAUCCACUGGUUGUUCUCAAUGAACUGAGUAACAGUGCAGAGACAAUUGCUAGUCCAAAAAAACUGGAUACAGAGCUAGGUGCUCUGAUGAUCACCAUCGCGGGCCUGAAGCUGCUGCGCUCCUCUUUCAGCAGCCCCACGUACCAGUAUGUCACCGUCAUUUUCACUGUGCUCUUUUUCAAAAUUGACUAUGAAGCGUUCUCAGAGACCAUGCUGCUGGACCUCUUCUUCAUGUCUAUCCUCUUCAACAAGCUUUGGGAGCUCCUUUAUAAAUUGCAGUUCGUGUACACCUACAUUGCCCCAUGGCAGAUUACAUGGGGUUCUGCUUUUCAUGCUUUUGCUCAGCCCUUUGCAGUGCCACAUUCAGCCAUGUUGUUUGUUCAGGCUGCCGUGUCGGCUUUCUUUUCUACUCCACUGAACCCUUUUCUGGGAAGUGCAAUUUUCAUCACUUCAUAUGUUCGACCUGUGAAAUUCUGGGAGAGAGACUAUAACACAAAACGAGUGGAUCAUUCAAAUACAAGAUUGGCUUCUCAACUUGAUAGAAAUCCAGGAUCAGAUGACAACAAUCUGAAUUCCAUCUUUUAUGAACAUUUAACCAGAUCCCUCCAACACAGUCUCUGUGGGGACCUGCUCUUGGGGCGGUGGGGAAACUACAGUACAGGGGACUGUUUCAUCCUUGCCUCUGACUACCUCAAUGCACUCGUUCACUUGAUAGAAAUAGGCAAUGGCCUGGUCACUUUCCAACUGCGGGGACUUGAAUUCAGAGGUACUUACUGUCAGCAGCGAGAAGUGGAGGCUAUUACCGAAGGCGUUGAGGAAGAUGAAGGGUUCUGCUGUUGUGAGCCUGGCCAUAUUCCUCACGUGCUUUCAUUUAAUGCUGCGUUUAGCCAGCGCUGGCUCGCCUGGGAAGUGAUCGUCACCAAGUAUAUUCUGGAGGGUUAUAGCAUCACUGACAAUAGUGCUGCUUCUAUGCUUCAAGUCUUUGAUCUCCGGAAAGUGCUCACUACUUACUAUGUCAAGGGUAUCAUCUAUUAUGUCACAACCUCUUCUAAGCUAGAGGAAUGGCUUGCUAAUGAGACAAUGCAGGAAGGACUACGCCUAUGUGCAGAUCGGAAUUAUGUUGACGUGGACCCAACAUUUAAUCCGAACAUUGACGAAGACUAUGACCAUCGGCUCGCAGGCAUAUCCAGGGAGAGUUUCUGUGUGAUUUACCUCAAUUGGAUAGAGUAUUGCUCUUCCCGAAGAGCAAAGCCACUUGAUGUGGACAAAGAUUCAUCCCUCGUGACUCUGUGUUAUGGCCUCUGUGUUCUGGGUCGGAGAGCUCUGGGCACUGCAUCCCACCAUAUGUCCAGUAAUUUAGAGUCAUUCCUCUAUGGAUUGCAUGCCCUGUUUAAAGGAGAUUUCCGUAUUUCUUCGAUUCGAGAUGAAUGGAUCUUUGCUGACAUGGAAUUGCUAAGGAAAGUAGUAGUCCCUGGAAUACGUAUGUCCAUUAAACUUCAUCAGGAUCAUUUCACUUCUCCAGAUGAGUACGAUGACCCUUCUGUGCUGUACGAAGCCAUUGUAUCUCAUGAGAAGAACCUUGUGAUCGCUCACGAAGGGGACCCUGCCUGGCGGAGCGCAGUCCUCGCCAACUCUCCCUCCCUGCUCGCCCUGCGGCAUGUCAUGGACGAUGGCACCAAUGAAUAUAAAAUCAUCAUGCUUAAUAGACGCUACCUUAGCUUCAGAGUCAUCAAAGUAAAUAAGGAAUGUGUUCGAGGUCUCUGGGCAGGACAGCAACAGGAACUUGUUUUUUUAAGAAACCGUAACCCUGAGAGAGGCAGCAUCCAGAAUGCCAAGCAAGCUCUGAGAAAUAUGAUAAACUCCUCUUGUGAUCAACCCAUUGGCUACCCAAUCUUUGUCUCACCCUUGACAACUUCCUACUCUGACAGCCAUGAACAGCUCAAAGAAAUUCUUGGGGGACCGAUCAGCUUGGGAAAUAUCAGAAGCUUUGUAGUGUCAACCUGGCACAGGUUAAGGAAAGGUUGUGGAGCUGGAUGUAACAGUGGCGGCAAUAUUGAGGAUUCUGAUGCUGGAGGUGGAACUUCCUGCACUAGUAACAAUGCAACAACUGCCAAUGAUCCUCACGGCAACUUGUCCCAGGGAAGCACUGGAAAUCCAGGCCAGGGAAGUGGAACUGGGCUCCAUCCACCUGUCACAUCCUAUCCUCCAACCCUAGGCACGAGUCACAGCGCACACUCGGUGCAGUCGAGCCUGGUCAGACAGUCCCCCGCCCGGGCCUCAGUGGCCAGCCAGUCUUCAUACUGCUACAGCAGCCGGCACUCGUCCCUGCGGAUGUCCACCACGGGCUUCGUGCCGUGCCGGCGCUCGUCUACCAGUCAGAUCUCCCUACGCAACCUGCCGUCCUCCAUCCAGUCCCGCCUCUCCAUGGUGAACCAGCUGGACCCCUCCAGCCAGAGCGGCCUGGCGGGCAUGCAGCACGGCUUGCCUUCCUCCAGCAGCUCCAGCCAAAGCAUCCCCGCCUGCAAGCAUCACACCCUCGUGGGCUUCCUGGGGACCGACGGGGGUCCGAGCAGUGGCCCCGACCCACAGCCCGGCAGCACCCCCGCCAGCAGCUCGCAUGCCAAAAAGGGGGACGUGACUUACAGAGUCCAGAUUGUGGAUCCCAGUCAAGUUCUGGAUGCAAUCAACUUGUCCAAAAGAAAGGAGCUGCAGUGGCCUGAUGAGGGAAUUCGGUUGAAAGCUGGGCGAAAUAGCUGGAAAGACUGGAGUCCCCAGGAGGGCAUGGAAGGCCAUGUGAUUCACCGAUGGGUGCCUUGCAGCAGAGAUCCAGGUACCAGAUCCCACAUUGACAAGACAGUGCUUCUGGUCCAGAUUGAUGAUAAAUACGUGACUGUAAUUGAAACUGGGGUACUAGAACUCGGGGCUGAAGUAUGAUCCUGUGUCUAGUAACUGCAUUUCUUUGCCCUCUCAAUUCCAAGACAGUGGGAAAAGAGGAGAAAGCAGAAGAUGCCUGCAAGUGUCAUUUUGAUCCUAGAUGGGAGAGACUUGAACAGAGAGUGGGUUUGAACAAGCACCUCUCUUUUUCCCUUCACCCUGACCCCUGUCACUGUCUCCAUCCCCAAAUAAAGCUGAAAUAUUUUUUUAAGUUAGCUGCCGACAAAACAUUUUGCAUGAAGGAGAUAGUUCUGUUAAAAUUACAUCCUUAAAGAAGUUUUUGUUUUUCUUAUGCAUUGCCUAUGCUUUAAAUCAACCAGCACUUCAUUUCUAAACUAUGAUCUCAUAUUUUUCUAAUUUUCUUGCCAAAAAGAAUUGCCAUGUUUUGUCAUAGAUCAUGAAAUCCAUUUACCUUGAUUUUUAAAGACAGACCAGUGUAGAAAUCUUCAGUUUGACAAAUAGCAGUAUAAAAGUUUAAUGUACAGUGAAAGAGACUAUGAACAGACAUAGAUUUAUCUUAUUCCUUGAGCGCUAAAAACUUUAAUGAAAAGACUGCACUAAUUUUUUACAACAAUGCACUAAAGUCUGAGAUUUCUCAGAAUGUUUAUUUAUAUAUAAAAAUAAAAUGCAUUAUUUAAAUUGCCUUUGGGAUUAACCCCUCCCCUUUCCUUACAAACACCCGUAGCAGGAACCGUGCUGCUCAUUUUUCUGUCAUUAGUCUGUACUUCAUGCCAGAACAUUGGACAUUUUCUUUCAAAUGAAUAUACUAAAUUUUAAGGUAUGCAUAAUUUCAUCAUUGGCAUUUUCCCGGAGCCUCUAGACAGUGGAUUGAUCCUGUGAACACUACUGCCAGCUCCUGUGUCCACAUUUCAGAUGCACCCCAGCACGACGGGGUCCAGGGUGCUUACUCCUCUCUUCUUGGGGCAAGCUCUUCUGGGAAGAAAAUGCUUUUGCUUUUCAAUGAAAAGGAUGAAAGUUCAAGAAUUUAAAGAAAAAAGAUCAGUUGCCUUUCAUUUUAAGGAUUCUUAGUUCUUGAAGUUAUUCACAUGCAGUUCAGUUUAUCAAGUAAAAGUUUUUCAGACAAAAUUAUACAAAUGGUGCAGUUCUUAUUGUUGUAUUCUCUUUAAUAACUUUACCAUUUAUUUUGCUCCUCUCUUCUUUUUCUAUUACUUGAAAUUUAUCUCCUGUAAUUUAUAGCGAAUGGCUGUAAUUUGGACUAUUUAUAACUGUGAAAUUGACUUAAUUCAUAUGUUGCCUCAUAAAUUGUAUUGUUUGUUUUUAAAUGUGUGUAUUCAGGGAAAUAUAUAUAUAUAUCUCAGAUUUAUAAUUGGGCCAAAUAGGAACUGCAAUUUCAAUUUUAUUUGUAACUUUUGGAAUUUUUCAAAUCCUUCAGAAAUUUUUUCCUUUCUGUGUGAAACUCCAAAGAAGAUUGUAUAUCUCCUCUGAGCAUUUAGGUGCAGCCCUUUCUCCCCAGCACGGAAAGUAAAAAGAAGCAGGUGAAAUUACUUUUAAUCAGAUAUUUCAUUGACUCCACUCUCUCCAGGAACUCCUUUUUCAGCAUGUGAUACUAGCCAUAUUUCAAGUACUCACCGGCCACGUGUGGUCAGUGGCUACUGUAUUGAACAAUGUGGGCUUAAAGUAUCUUUUGAUGAAGGGACUGGAGAGAGAAGCUGUUUCUCUUACUAAUCAGCUGUAGUUCUAACUGCAUAGCAGAAUUCUUUAGCAAAAAGAUUGAAAACUAAAGUAGUAAAUAGCUAAUAUACAGCAUGUUAGUGCAUUUCUACUCUAAAAUCUCUUUUUUUUCCCCUAAAUUUUUUGUGGUCAUUCAGGACCCAAAGUGCCUCUCAUUGACAUUUUCAUAGACUGAACACAGCAAAACUUACUCUUUAAACGCAUUUGUUAAAUGAUUUACUGAGCCUUUCUACAAAGGUAGCAUUUCUAAAUUGACCAGUUAACGUGUAUUUUCCUGAUACUGUCACUAUAUCUGUAUUUGCCUCAUUUUGGCAAAUCUACAGUAGGCCAUUAAAAUUCAGCCUUUUUUUAUUCUGAACCUGAAAUCUGAUAUCCCUCUUUUCUAUCUUUCUUUCUCUCUCCUUUUCACUCUCUCUUACUCUCUUUCUCUCCACAAAAAUACAUGUCGAAAGGUAUUAUGCUCCCUGCUACUUGUUCCCUUUAUUAAAUAAAUAUAAGCUUUUCAUGGUCAUUGCCUCAAUAAGAAAAGUAGAAUCUUUCUGAUUUUAGAUGGAUGAUAAUUAAUUUUCCUAUAAAUACAUGAAAACCUAAACAUCAAAUAAUUCAAUCAGAAGGAUUAAAUUAGUUUUAUACCGUCCGCUCCCAAUGCUCCACUCUCCAAGAGUUAAACAUAUAAUCUAAAAAGUCAUUUCAAAUUCAGGACUAAAUUUUAGGUGAAAUAUAUCUAUAUUUCACGAAUAUUCGUGUAUAUAUAUAUGCAUAUAUAUAUAUACACACACUCAUUUUAAAUUUUUUGUAGCAACUAAUACAGAUACAAACAUUUAUCUCAGUACAGGUUGAAUAUUGUAUAAGAUUGCCCUUUAAAUAGUGAAUUUAUGAAUUAGGAACCCCAAGAGGACUUUUCUUAAUUUUUAAGUGUGAAACUGAUAGCCUUUAACAAAACAUUCUACUGAUUUUUUAAAUUAUUGCACCAGGAAAAGAAGUAAUGACUGAAUAAAGAUUCACAUCUUAAAAAUAGUUUGAUGUAAAUUAGUACACAAAAAUAUAUACACUUUAAUAAAAUCAAUCAUAGGUGCCUCCCUUUCCCCUUUCCCCUGGGAGAAUUUUAAACUGUUUGUUUAGAUUCCCUGCUUAUCUUUUCCCAUUAUUGUACAAGACUUCAGCAUGCAUAAUUAGUGUCCUUGGUUCACUAUUGCCAAAGUUUUUUAGAGUUCUAUAAUUUGAAAGUAAAAAAUAUAUAAUGAAAACACUUUUAUUUCCAAUAAGUUUUAUAUUGAUAUCAUUCUGGUUUUUGUUUUUCGCUUUUCUUUUUAUUUCAUUUGGACUUUUGUUUUUCUCCCCUUUUGAAAAAGUCUUAAAAUGUUAUAAAUUGUGAGGUUUUUUUCCCAGUUUUGUUCAUUCAGUGUCAAUCUUCAUAGCUCAAAAUUAAGCUCUUGGUUAAUCUUCUAGCUUAUAACUUGGUGUAAAUCCUUUUUUACACCAUUUUUCAGUACUCGAUAAAACUUCACAUGUUUGCAUUUUUCUAAAGAUUGUAAUUUUCCCAAUUGUAAUCUAUUUUAGAUUAACUUUUAAAAGUUGGUAUUUGGGGGCUAGAGAGAUAGUAUGCUUGCCUUGGGUUUAGUCCCCGGCACCGUAUAUGGUCACUCAAGCCCCACUGGGAGUAAUCCCUCAGUGCAGAUCCCAGAGUAAGCCUGAACACCACCAAGGUGUGACCCCGUGCUCCCCCUAAAAAAUUGAUACUUAAGCUACUUGGGAGAAUAGGUGAAGUUGUAUAUUCUUAAGAGGAGAUUAAUUGCCUUUCAGGAAAUUGGUGAACAACAGGUGUUCUGCCAUCUUUGAGUUUCCAUUGCUGGAAAAUUAACUUCCAUUAGAUUUGGAGUAUUUUUUAAGGUAUUUGCUGUAUAGCUGGGAUAGUUCUAGUAGUCCUUGAAACAGAGGUAGGUACACAAUAUCUCUGUCCUAAGUGAAAUUUAGAAUGUUAUUCUGUGUACCAAAUGUCAGGGAAUAGAAAAUCCAAGUUUUUAUAUAGGAAGUGACAGCUCCUUAAGAACAUUCUUUUUCUUCCUGUUGUUUGUCUUUGCAUCUUAUUAAAAAAUACAGAAAACAGCCUCAAAUUUAAGCAAGGGUAACAUGGCCUUAAGAAAGCCCACCUGGCUUCCCGGAAGCAUGCUUCAGCAUCUGCUUAGAGACACUUUGUCUGGUGGAUCACAGCAUGGACUCAUGCAUCCAGAGUUGUGUUUUUGUAUCUUAACCGAAUCUAAAACUCUCUCUUUGUUUUGAUAAACUUUCAGACAUACUUCCUCCUGAAUAUGACUUGAGAAAAAGAUGAUUUAGUAAUUAUGUGUGAGAAUUAUUUGAAUUUAUGUUUACUGUAUACUAAACUGUAAACUGCUGCCCAGAUAGUUAAUGGUGUUUGUUUUAAUUGUUUUGUUUUAUUUCUGUGAGUAUGAACAAAGCUCUUUCUAACUUUUUUUUUAAGUCAUCAGUAUUCGUUUUUUGUUACUUUUUUGUGGUGUAAUAUAAUGAUAUAAAAUUACUUUGCCUGAACAUAGAACCAGUCCAUUUUUCCUCUGAUAAGAAACAUUGUCCAGAUGAAGUUAUAAAAUGGCCCUUUUUAUUCUAGCUUUGUUUCAGUCUAAUGUGGAAAUCUGGUCUCUAAGAAAGGCCCAGAGAAAGAGGAAAAUUGUUGUGUAUUAUCUUGGAUAUGUAUAGUUUCUUUCUUAUUAUUAAGUAUUUAAAAUUUAGCUUCUCUUUGUUUUUCUUUACAAAGAUCUGGUUAGUUCUUCUCCCCCAUUUUUUUUUAAUCUCAUUAAAUGUUUAGGUAAGAACUGUGGUUGGAAAGGAAUUAAUUAUACAAGUAGAUUUGGCAGGUAUGUGAAUGGAGUGAAUUUUUGCUUGCAACAGAAGUAUGUUUUCAACUUCAAAUAAUCUAACCUGAGUCCUCUGUCAAGAAUUAUGCGUGAUAGGAACUUCCUUAUAUUGCCUGUAAGCCACAUAGUCUUUCUGAAUUGAAGUAAUUAAGUUUAUUUGUGAGCUGGACAUUAUUAUCUGCCAAUAAUGGAAGCAACGUAGCAUUAGAUGGAAGAAUCAGAGCUAAUUGUUAUUGCAGGAUUAUAUGACAACUCUGUUCUACGACUUAUACCUAUUAUAUAGGGUUAUAACUUUUUCUCAUGACUCAGCUCCUCUACCUGACAGUUUAUGAUUCAGUGGAGCCUAGUGAUAAGGUGAAUUCCUAGGUAUUACACACACAAAUGAGGUGGUAUCUUGGAAUUCAGAAGGGAGUAGCAGUAGAAAAUGGGACAACUGCUUCAGACGACACUUCGAUUUAGUGUAGUUGUGGUCAAACAAGAUUUUUUUUUUUAAUAUAUGAAGCUUGAUUCUACAGCCAAAACAAUAGAAACAGGGGUAGGGGAAAUCACGUCUGCUAAUGCUUUUCUAAGGCUUAUAGUUUAAGUGAAAGCAAAUUGUAAAAACUGAUUAUCUUAACCCUACACGAGUCUAGCAAUGAGCUCUGCAUGAGGAAAUGGAAGGAAGAAAAUUACAAAUGGCCCUAGCAGGGUAGGUGUGAGGAAGGAAAAUGGGUUUCCCUUUUCUGAUCAUGGGCUCUGAGAAGUCUUCAUUGCCUCUACCAGCAUUCAGUGUAAACCAGAGAAAGAAUAUAUGUACCUGCGCGUGUCUCCGAGAGUGUGUGUCUGAGUGUUUGUUAUUCUGAACAGCUUGUAAAUAUUGUAGUUGUUUAAAAUGGAAUAUAAAAGCUGAGAUUGUUUCUUUUCUUUGCAAAUAUAUUGCAUCAAAAAUACAGUAUUGGCAGUGGAUAUAACACUGAGGAAAUAAAUUUUGUUUUCAUUUUGC